GGGGGGGGGGCGGGUGGAUGGAGCGCGGGCGGACGGGCGACGGCGGACGGCGUCGGAACGCGAGGCGCGCGCGCGAUGACGACGGUGAUCGGACUCGAUCCGGGAUCGAGAAUACAGAUGGCGUUAGCGAAGAUAGCGAUGCGGGACGCGAUGGAUGCGCUCGGGGUGUUCGAGUACGAGGAGGAUGAGGAUACAUGA